GUACUUGCUUUUAACUUCCUCAGCUUUACUUGUCGUUUAGGUGGCAAUAGGGUUUUAGGGUUUAAGGUCUCUUCAUCUUAUUCUACUUCCUCUCUUGCUCUUACAACUUUCAGCUCAAGAAUUGCUUUUCACUUGUCCGAAAAUCCCAAUGGAGUCUGCUCCACCCGCCGCCGCCACCAAGGUUAGCCGCUCCACCGUAGAGAAGGCAGUGGAUGCUCUUCUCAAAUGGAAAGAGUCCAAGUCGAAAACUGAAAAACCCCAAUUACUCCCACAAGACGAUUUCAUCUACCUUAAUCUCACUCUUAAGAAAAUACCACCAAAACCUCGUACAAACGCUUUCAGAAUCCCUUUCCCUCACCCUCUUCAUGAUGCUUCCUCUGAACUCUGUCUUAUCAUUGACGACAGACCCAAUUCCAAGCUCACUUCGGAUGCUGCCAAAAAGAUUAUUAAAUCCCAAAACAUACCCAUCACCAAAGUCAUUAAGCUUUCGAAGCUUAAGACUAACUACAAACCCUUUGAAGCAAAGAGAAAGCUUUGUGAUUCAUAUGAUCUUUUCUUGGUUGACAGAAGGAUUGUCCAUUUGCUUCCUAAGCUUCUAGGUAAGCAGUUUUUCAAGAAAAAGAAGCUGCCUUUGCCAUUAGACUUGACACACAAGAAUUGGAAGGAGCAAGUGGAAAGGGCUUGUGGGUCUGGGUUGUUUUACUUGAGGACUGGAACUUGUUGUAUGAUGAGGAUUGGUAAGGGUUCAAUGGACUCUGCGCAGAUUGUUGACAAUGCCUUUGAAGCAAUAAAAGGUGUUGUUCAGGUGGUUCCCAAAAAAUGGGGUGGUGUGAGAAGCUUGCACUUGAGACUUUCUGAUUCUUUGGCAUUGCCUUUGUAUCAAGCAUUGCCCGAGAUCAAACUCAAGAUUCAGGGAUUUAAGGAGAAAGAAGCUGAGGUUAGAGAUGAAGAAGUGAGUGGUUGUUUGGUUGAGGUUGAGGAGAGUGGCAGGAAAGCUGAAGAGGGAUCAGGGAAGAAGAAGGGGAAGAAUAAAGGGAGGAUUCAUGAAGUUAGGUAUAUGGACUUAGACUCUGGUGUAGAUGAAUUGGGAAGUGAUGAUGAUGAUGUUGGUAAUAAUGAAGAAGAGGAAAACAGUGACGAAGACAUUGAGGAGAGUGAUGAUCAUGAAGUUGAGAAGGUGAAAAAGGGGAAAGCUGAGAAGGGUAGUAUCCUGAGCGAGUCGAACGGUGAGAAGAAGGCAAAAGAGUUGAAAAAGGCUGAGCAACAAAUGAAAAGUAAGUUGUCUUUGAAAGAUGGAAAGAAGAAGAAGAGUUCUGAGCUAGAGAAAAAGCUGAAGGAUGGGUCAGUGAAGGCAAAGAGCAAGAGAAGCAAGAUAAGAGCAUAAGAAUAAUAUAAUCAGUCUUAUUAAGAGUUUUACUGAUAACAGAUCACUUAUAUUUGAAGUCUUCAGCAGGCUGUGCCUGAGAUUUUGUUUUGAAAUAGAUUUUGCAUCACCUGUUUUUAUUUAGAUGUCACUGUUGCCUUUUGUUUUUCGCCAUCUUUUCAAUUUUGAUUUUGAAGGAAUCCAUAGUUCAGAUUUCUAUGUGCUGAAACCAGUUGGCUCUGUUAUGAUAUGCUUAUUAAUUGAAUCUUGGUUAUGAUGUGCUUAUUAAUCAGAUAUUUAUAA